AGGGAGGGGUGCUUCCUGUUUGUCUGCGAGAGGCAGGAGCAGCUAUGGCGGCGGCGGCCUCGAGGCUUGGCGGAGGCGGCCGGCGGGGGGCCACCAACAUCCUGGCUCAGCUUCGGCAUGGGCAGCUUAGCGGCCGCGGCCUGACUCGGGGGGCGCAGAUCACAGAGGCCUUGUUAAAGGAAAGAGACAAACAGGCUAAAUGGAAUGGAAUUCCCCUACUGUUGCAGAAACUAUAUGAGAACAGCCACCCAAACAGCGACUUCUCCCAGUGCCAAAACAUCCUUAAGGAAAUUUCUCCACUUCUUUCAGUGGAGGCCAUGGCAUUUGUCACAGAUGAUAGAAAACCUGCUCAAGAGUCCACUUACCCAAACACAUACACAUUUGAUCUGUUUGGAGGAGUAGAUCUUCUCGUGGACAUUCUUAUGAGGCCAACUCUGAUUACACAAAAAAAGAAACAGAAAAUAAGUGAUGACCUGAUCAAGGACUGUUUGAGCAUAUUGUACAACACUUGCAUAUGCACGGAAGGAGUCACUAAACGAUUGGCAGAAAGAAAUGAUUUUGUGUUGUUCCUGUUUACACUGAUGACAAACAAAAAGACAUUCCUGCAAACAGCAACCCUUAUCGAAGACAUCCUGGGAGUUAAAAAGGAAAUGAUACAGUUAGAUGAUAUACCCAAUCUUGCAAGUCUAGUAUCCAGUUUUGAUCAACAGCAACUUGCAAACUUCUGCAGAAUCCUCGCUGUCACCAUUUCUGAGCUUGAUACGGGGAGUGAUGACAAGCACACACUUCUUGCCAAAAAUGCCCAGCAGAAAAAACAUUUGGGUCCUUCUCGAGCUGAAAUUAAUCAAGCUACACUUCUGAAUAUUCCAGGCUUCAUUGAGCGACUAUGCAAAUUGGCAACAAGGAAAGUAUCGGAAACAACGGGUACUUCCAGUUUUCUUCAGGAGUUAGAGGAAUGGUACACCUGGCUAGACAAUGCACUUGUACUUGAUGCGUUAAUGCGAGUAGCCAGUGAGGAGGCAGAGCAGAGCAGUACAGAAUCUUCAGAUGAAAGUGGUUUGGCCAACACAUCAACGAGAACCCAGCUGCCACAAUCCAUGAAGAUCAUGCAUGAGAUAAUGUACAAGCUGGAGGUGUUGUAUGUUCUCUGUGUAUUGCUGAUGGGGAGGCAGAGGAAUCAGGUUCACAAAAUGAUUGCAGAAUUCAAAUUGAUUCCUGGUCUUAAUAACCUGUUUGACAAACUGAUCUGGAGGAAGCAUUCUGCAUCAGCUCUUGUUCUUCAUGGACAUAAUCAAAAUUGUGAUUGUAGCCCAGACAUUACUUUAAAGAUACAGUUUUUGAGGCUUCUUCAGAGUUUUAGUGAUCAUCAUGAGAACAAGUAUCUUCUUUUAAACAGUCAAGAACUUAAUGAACUGAGUGCAAUCUCUCUCAAAGCAAACAUCCCUGAAGCAGAUGCAGUUGUUAACACAGACAGAAGUCUAGUCUGUGAUGGAAAAAGAGGUUUGUUAACCAGGCUUCUACAGGUCAUGAAGAAGGAACCAGCUGAAUCCUCUUUCAGGUUUUGGCAGGCAAGGGCCGUUGAGAGUUUUUUACGAGGCACCACUUCCUAUGCAGACCAGAUGUUUCUGCUAAAGAGAGGACUUUUGGAGCAUAUUCUCUAUUGCAUUGUUGACAGCGAAUGCAAAUCACGGGACGUGCUUCAGAGUUACUUUGACCUUCUGGGAGAACUGAUGAAAUUCAACAUUGAUGCAUUCAAGAGGUUCAACAAAUACAUCAACACAGAUGAGAAGUUUCAGAUCUUUUUGAAUCAGAUCAACAGUUCUUUGGUAGACUCAAACAUGCUGGUUCGUUGCAUUACACUGUCCCUGGACCGAUUUGAGAACCAGUCGGAUGCUAAAGUUGCAGAAGUCUUGUCUGAGUGCCACCUGUUAUCGUACAUGUCUCAGAUGUCCAUGAGGAUGUCCUUCCUUUUCCGCCUCAUUAAUAUAAUUCAUGUGCAGACACUUACACAGGAAAACGUCAGCUGUUUGAACACAAGCUUAGUUAUUUUAAUGCUGGCCCGAAGGAAAGACAAGCUACCGUUUUACCUUCGCACGUUGCAACAGAUGGAAUAUACAGAGAAGUACCCUGGUUUCAUCCUGAACAACUUUCACAGUCUCUUGCGAUUCUGGCAGCAGCAUUACCUCAAUAAAGACAAAGACAGCACUUGCUUAGAAAAUAGCUCAUGUAUUAGUUUUACUUACUGGAAAGAGACUGUAUCUAUACUGCUUAGUCCAGAUCGGACAUCACCUUGUGCCAUAGUUAGCUACAUCGAUGAGGCAUAUAUGGACAUUGACAGAGAUUUCACUGAGGAAUGAUUCUUUGGACUUUGGCUUUUGAUGGACAGUGCUUGGAAGGUACCUCACAGACUGGAUUUUCAGGGAUACGCUGCGAAGUGUGUGUGUGCAGCUUGGAACUAUGGAAUACUACUGCAUUGUUAAAGACUUGUCCUGCCUCUGAUCUCUAAAGACUUUUCAAAUUAUCUGGGCAACACAUUCAGCCAUAUAUUCCGGUCAUUUUGGGAUAAAAGUAAUUUUCCACAAAAAAACAGCUCUUUUCCUGCUUCUCUCAGGCAAGUGUAUCUAGUUCAAACCCUUUCCAUUGAUAGACAAGGAACUAUUCUAUGUGCCAACUUAAUUUUGGUUCUUCCUCAUGACUGCCAGAAUUAGCAGGUUUAAAAAGCACAGGAAAUGUCCCAGCUCAUUCAAACACAAGGUCUGACAAACCAGCCUGACUGGGACCCCUGAUGCUUGCAGUCCACACACACACAGGCACCAGGAGGACUCGCAUCAGGUUUAACUUUGGGUUUGGAUUUGAACUUUAGGUUUGACCAGACUGUUUGCUCUUAAUUCCUGGGAACUAUAGCUCUCUCCACCUUUUUACUAUCCACUUUUGGAUUGUUUGUAACAAAAUCUCUUUGGCCAGCAUCUGUUUGACUGUGGUGUUCUGCUUGGACGUCUCUGCUUCUGCUGCUGUCCUUUCUGUGAAUACUUCCCAUCUGAAGAUGUAUUUACAAUGCUGCAAAGAAGAGACAUUUCAGUAGUAGUGGAAUUGCAGUCUGGGGCCUAGUUUUGACCAGGCAUUAACCAAUUAAAAUGUAUUGAUUUUUAAACUUGUAGCUUGUCCCUUCUUGGGUAACUAAUCUGACUUUAAAAUCUGGACCAGUGCACUUGUUGCAAGGUAAUAUGCUCUUAAACUUAGUACUAACCUGCUUAUGUCUGGAAGCCUAACACCAGUAUCUAAGCUUGCAGUCUUCAGUACUUUAAAAUCAACACAUAUAAUUCAUCUUGAAGUGCAAUACUUACUGGAGAUUUCAGGUUUUUUCCUGGGUUUGUUAUUUUAAUGGGUAAGUGUACGCAAUGCUGAGCAUAAACACCCAUGGUUAAAAAUAACUUUGCUCCCACCUCCCCCAGCAGCUUACAAAUUUUAGCAAAACUAAGUGCUUAACCGCAGCUUGCAGCUCAUAAUCGGGAGCAUUAAACAAGUUGCUCCAAAGCUGGAUGCUAUUAUGGUGAGAUUUCCUGGAAUGAAAUAGUCCAUUGUUGAAGUCUUAAGCCUCGUAUGUAUUUUGUGGCUCUAAUUUAAAAGAAGUCAUCCCCUAAAAUGAAAUUUAAAUUUGAAAUGUAACCAUUUAGAUCAGUUUACACUAAUAAUUGGUUGCACAGACAGUUCUCCUAGAAUUUCCUCAAAUGUAUUGCAAGAACUGACAGUGAAGGGGGAUCUGAACUUCAGUGCCUUUGUAUUCCUUCUCCUAGUCCUGGCUUAUAACCACCUUCUCCAGGACUUUGUCUGCAGUCAAAUGAAGGAAGAGAGAACAUGGCUCUGCAGCUAAGCCUGGCACAGAUCAAGAUGGGCAUCUUACAAUGUAUAAUAACCUUUGCCAGCAAAGGGAAUAAAAAUGAUCUCAAUUCCUAACAAGGGGUGUGAAUGUGCAGGACAGAAGAUCAGAUUCUGGAAUGGGAAUUGCACCAUCUGAAGAGUGCUGAUCUGUCUGUAAUCAGACCUGUCUUUUGAGAUGACUUCAGCUACUAUUAAUAUGUACAUCAGUGGUCCCUGUUGUAGGUCCCAUUCAAAUAGGACAGAUAGCAUGGGAGAGUCAGCAUUUUGCUUGUGGUGUGUUCAGAACUUCUGAGGCAGUACAUCCAGCUGGAGUCUUAAAAAGUCUUCUCUUCAAGGGAUUUUGCUCCCUAGUAGACUUCAUUUCAACACACCACCUCUAGUCAAUGUCACUCCUUCACCUAAGAUUUCACAUGUUGGGGGUACCAGCUACAACUCUCUAUUCUUCAUCAGCUUUUCCCUCUGGAGCUUAAAUACUUUUUGUUCUUAGAGAAGUUUUGUUUCUUGGUGUCUCUGCCUAUAUUUACCUGUAAUAGAAGUGCACUCAAAGGCUUCAAACUAAAACGCUUUUAAAUUAUAAGGGAUGCCUAUUCCAUAGGGUAGGUAACUGGUGCAUCCGAAGUUUGCUGCUAUAAACCUACAGAGAAUGCAUUUUGGUCCUGUAUUUCUAGACUUGUGUAACUCAGAAUUAAGGGCCAAGCUGCUUUUAUCCUUAGCAACUGGCCUGCAAAAUCAUCCCCACCUGUUUUCUGUGUAGUGAGUGUGCUGUCCUGUGGGGGGAAGCACAGUGGCUUUCUAUAUUUUCUUCUUUAGGCACUUUGGGUUUUCAUGAGUACCAACAGCUCCAAGGACUGUUCUGGGUUGGAAUCUUGGAGCCAAGCCCCACUAUCCCUUUUGCAAGAGGCUCAUUGAGAGUUAGCUUGCCCCUGCCAGGUGCACAAAAAGCAAAUUCUUCAAUCUCCUCCCUCAAAGUAGCCCCAUCCCUUGUGGGGAAGGCUCUGCAUGGGAUUCUAACAGACUUAUUAGAUGCUAAAUAAAUUGGAGCUGAGUUUCACUUCUGACUUUGAUGGAGUUCUUUGUUCAUAUCAGCCUCCCUGCAAGUCACCAGAAGCAGCUUGAUUCUUCCUUCUUGUGGUAGUAGAAAUGUCUCAUUUAAUGAAGAACAGCAGGAGAAAUGUCUGUGCCAGGGUAGGAUGGAGAGCAUGCCAGCUUGGUCACCAUCUGUAAUGUGGAUUUUCAGCAGACUUUGUGCUGGAGUGUGGAGCAUGGGGGUGAGAUGUCAUCAGGUUGAACACACUCAAGGAAAUCUGCACUAUCCCAGUGAAUUGCUGAGGUUUGUGCUUAAUUAAUGCCAGAUUAAUGCCAAUUUAUUAACUGCAAAUAAACAUAUUAAAUGGAAACUAUUAAAGAAAUCUAUUUUAAAAGAAA